CGACUUGCUUCGUAACCACCAUGUCGUCGGAUCUGGUCUUGAGCAAGAUAUUGGCGCAACUUGAAACGAUGCAGGGGCAGCUCGACUCACUGACGGGUGCGAACAAGACGAAUGGAGGCCCCGCGCUCCCCAGCAACGGCACCAGGCCUAUCAGCGUCCCGGCGGGCAGGUCGGUCUCAUCGAGCUCGGACAAGAUCGGCGAUCUGGGGACCUCCCCUAGCUCGGUCUCCUCUGUGCCGCUGCAUCACAUCCUCUCCGACGUCACCACCAAAGAGAAGGAGCGCGAGCGUGUGCUGUACCCCGGGCGUGUCAACCUGACGACGUAUCCCGGCCAACACAACAUCACGCCGUACCCCCUGCAGUGGGGCGCAUUGGCCCCGACCGAGCGUGGACCCGUGGUGUGCUCGCGGCUGCCGAGCAGCAUCAAGAUGCGCAACGCGCUGGGUGCGCACAGCGGCUCGUACUCGAUCUACCGCGCACUGUCCAUCGCGAUGGGCUCCCUAUCGCCGAACCACAAGCCCGAUUACACGAUGACGGAGCCGCCGGUGGAGGUUCCGCCCAAUCCGGCGUGGGGAUCGGCGGGUGGGUGGACGAUGAGUGACAAACCCGCGAGCGGGAACUACGGGCCGAUCGUCAGCAUGGACCCGUAUGGGCAUCUGGUGCAGACGGUGUUCAAUCGGGAGAUCGAGGAGCUUGGCCUGGACGCGCGGCCGUCGAUCGCGAUCACGCGUGCGCACAUCAAGAUGAGCGAGUUGGACGAGUCUGUGCGACGGGGAGAACUGGAGAUCGACGGCAAGAUCGUGCUGAAGACAGCAGACCUGCCGGGGCUCGCCGAGUCGGGUGUCGAGGUGACGGUGAGCAAGGCUGCGGUCGAGCCUGUAUGGCAUCUUCCCGGGGUCGCCGAGCGAUUUGGAAUCUCCGAGCUGUUACUGCGCCGCGCUCUAUUCGAAGAGACUGGCGGUUCUUAUCCGGAGCUGAUCACCCGUCCCGAUAUCAAGGUCUUCCUCCCCCCUAUCGGUGGUUUGACGGCCUAUAUCUUUGGAAAUCCCGCGUUUCUACGGGACGAGAGCAAAGAACUAACCCUCCGAGUGCAUGACGAAUGCAACGGAUCGGACGUCUUCGGCUCGGACAUCUGCACGUGCAAGCCCUAUCUGACUUACGCAAUCGAGGAAUGCAUUCGGGGUGCUCAGCGAGGCGGAGUCGGCCUCGUGGUCUAUUUCCGGAAGGAAGGCCGGGCUCUCGGGGAGGUAACGAAGUACCUGGUGUACAAUCUGCGCAAACGCGGCGGCGAUUCGGCGGACAAGUACUUCAAGUCGACGGAGAUGAUUGCGGGUGUGAAAGACAUGCGGUUCCAAGCGCUGAUGCCCGAUGUGCUGCACUGGCUCGGGGUCAAGAAGGUUGACAAGAUGGUGUCGAUGAGCGACAUGAAGUACGAUGCGAUCGUGAAGAGUGGGAUCCCGAUCUUGCACCGUUAUGACAUUCCUGACCACCUCAUUCCUCCCGAUUCGCGAGUCGAAAUCGAUGCCAAGAUCGCAGCCGGAUACUUCUCGAGUGGCAAGCAGGUGACCGAGGCUGACUUGGUCAAGACUGUUGGUCGUACUUGGGAGGAGACCGAGCACUGAAAUCGGGGCUGACACGACCUGUACUGCACCGUAUAAUACAUUGUAUACAUCCUAAGUAUUAGAACAUCGAGUCUGUAUGCUUCCUC